CCACUCUUCCUCUUCACUCAAGUGCUCUCUAGGACAGAGGUCCUCAAACCUUUUAAAUAGAGAGCUGUUUCAUGGUCCCUCAGACUACUAAGGCAGACCAUAGUUUGAAAAAAAUAUAGAAUUCUUAUGCAUACUGCACAUAUCUUAUUUGUAGUGCAAAAAAUAUUAAAGAAAAUACAAUAUUUAACAUGAAAAACAAUUUUAACCAAUAUAAGCUUACCAGUAUUUCAGUAGGAAAUGUGGGCCUGCUUUUGGCUGACAAUAUAAUGAAGUUAAUUAGGAUUGUUUUUGUUGUUGUGUGCCUUCAUGUUGCUUCAGAAUUAGGGCAACCCUAAGUGUAAAGUUUAGGGCAGGGGCCGGGUAAAUGUCCUUGGAGGGCUGCAUCCGACCGUGAGCCAUAGUUUGGGGACCCUUACUCUAGGUGUUUUGGACUAUAUUCCCCAUUACACCCAAGCUUUGUCCAUACUGGCAGAUAUGGAUGAGAAUUACAGUCGAAAGCAUACAGAGGGCUCUAGAAAUUUGACUGUACAGAAAGGACUCCUCUAAUGGGUUACUUAAGUUUAGGAAAAAUCCAGAAAUCUGCAUAGCAAACCAAAUGCAUGUUUGACCUGAAAAGAAAUCCCAUUACCUCUAUGCCACAUGCAACUUUCCCCUAAGCAAUGUGCUGUUCUUGCUCUUUUCCUUCCCUUUCUGCAUUCCAUUCUUCUUCCUGAUCUUGUUGCUACCCUUGUCAUUAAUGAAGGACAUGCCUCAGAACCAAACAGUUUAAUCAGGCCCAUUAAGAAAUGGACAGUGUAUUUUGAAAUGGCCACCUGUAAGAAUAAAUUACCUGCGACUGUUUGCUGAGGAAUAAUAUCACAGAAGUUCUUGUCCAUUUCUUCUUCCUUACUCAAUGCCAGACACAGGACUAAUUGAAAGAGUGAAAGAAGAGUAGGGUCGCACAGACCUGGUAUGACUAUAUAGAAGCAACAGACAGGAGACUAUCUAGUUUGCUAUUAUACUUUUAGCUAUGAGGGAUGGGGCACAUAAAUGUAUUGUGCCACAGGGACUUAACUUUUGGGGCCAUGACUUAUUAUAGGAAAAGCCACCGAGGGUUUCUGUUCUCUGGCUAGUAAUGUUAAAAGAUCGCUUUGCAUAAAUAUUUAAAGUCACAUGCUAUUUGUUGACUAACUCAGUGAAAUUAGAGCUGAGGGGGGAGAUCUGGAGUAGACUCAUUUAAACUUGAAUGGGACCUGUCACACCAAGGAACAGUCAGCCCUUUGUAUCCACAGAUUCUGUAUCCAUGGGUUCAACUAUAAAAGGCUUAAUUUUUUUUAAAAAAUCCAAAAUACAAACCUUGAUCUUGGCAUUUCAUAUGAGAGAACUGUUUCACUAUGCCAUUGUAUAUCAUGGGAUUUCAUAGGGCUCGCCUUGUUUAUGGCCAUUUCCUGAUGUUGCUGGGCAGGGCGCUAUUUUCUUAACUUUUUAAAUCCAAAAUUCUUAGAGAAAUCACAAAAGGCAUUGCUCUCCCUCUAAUUCAGUUUCAAACAUCUCCACAUACCCAAAUCUCAUUGGCUGCGUUGAUUCAUUUCUCUGUUCUGAUAGGCUAGUCAGCCUCACAUUCAUGACAAUUUCUCAGGUAGCGCUCAGCCAUGGUGGGACCCCUGCCUCACAGCUGCUCACACCAUGUUCCUGCCUUGUGAUCCUAGCCUGCCUGCCUUGCCUUGCACUGCCUCACCCUUUCUGUGCCUUUCGCUUGCUGCCUUUCCUCCUCUCCUGCCCGGAUGGAUUCCACUCAACCCUGGACUCCAUCAGCUGCUGCUUUUGAGCAAGCUUCCCACCAGCACAGAGGCAGCCUACACGCCACAGCACAGCCCGAACCAGGUGAUGCUGCUUGGAGAUUCAGGCGUGGGGAAAACCUGCUUCCUGAUCCAGUUCAAAGACGGGGCCUUCCUCUCGGGGACCUUCAUAGCCACUGUCGGCAUAGACUUCCGGAACAAAGUAGUGACAGUGGAUGGCGUUAAAGUGAAAUUACAGAUCUGGGACACUGCAGGCCAGGAGAGGUUCCGGAGCGUGACUCAUGCUUACUAUCGAGAUGCACAAGCACUUCUCCUUCUUUACGAUAUCACCAGCAGAAUGUCUUUUGACAAUAUUCGGGCCUGGCUCACAGAGAUCCAUGAAUAUGCACAAAGAGAUGUGGUAAUUAUGUUGUUAGGCAAUAAGGCUGAUGUGAGCAGUGAAAGGGUCGUAAGGACAGAAGAUGGGGAAGCACUAGCCCGGGAGUAUGGAGUGCCUUUCAUGGAGACCAGUGCAAAGACGGGUAUGAAUGUGGAACUGGCUUUUCUGGCCAUUGCAAAGGAACUCAAACAACGAGCUCUCUUUCAGCCAGAAGAGCCCCGGUUCCAAAUCCAUGACUACAUAGAGUCACAGAAGAAGCGGAGCAGUUGCUGUGCCUUCCUUUGAAAGAAGAGGAUGCCAAGGCAGCCUGGAAGACCUCGUGCCAAGGAAGGAGGGCAAGAAGCAGACCAACACAUUGGAAAUGCAAGGAGGGAAAACUUUUGGGGGCCGGCAGCAGAAUCCUCUCCCAGAGCAACACUUUUUAAGAGAACAUUAUUACAAGAUUAUAGACAAGAUACCCAUCAUGCCAGCCUUGGGGAUGACGGUGUCUGUGUCUAUGUUUGAAAUUCUGUGUGAAUGAGAGUGAGCGAGUGAAUGAGCAUGAGAGAGAGGGAGAUCUCACUACAAAGGCCAAGUAUAUUCACAUUCAGGAUUAGGCAAAUUAUUCUUUUGGUAGGGGAUGUUGAGAGUGUCUAGUAGCACCCAGGCCUGGCCUUCAUGCCACUAAAGCAAAUCAAUGUUUCCCUGGCUACCAUGCCAUCAACCUUCACCCGCUAUCUAAAUGGGACUAGCCCACAUUGGCUUCAGCUGCAGACACAGGACCUCCAGGGCUAAGGUCUACCUGGGCCAAGACUAUAGGAGUCCAUGGUAAAUGGCUAACUUUAAUAGAGGUAACAUGACUGGGAGCAGGGAAUGUAACCCUUUGUUUCCCUACGUAAAAGGUGAUGCUUUGUCUGAUAAAUGAAAUUAGCAGGGAUAAUCAGUUAAAAAAAAUAGACAGGUUUCCUUUUGACCUUUGGCUCUUUCCUGCUUUCCACACCCAAGAAUCCUGCCAACUGGGCUUCCCUUCUCCUCCCUUCCUCCUCCGGCCCCAAGGAAAGGGCGCAGGGAUGCAAGUAUUAUUCCUAGUGCCUGUUACAUCAGAGGAAUGCUGCUGACAGGAGUUAGUGUGGAGUGACAGAGUGAGUGCUGUAAUGUUGUGUUCUCACUAUAAACAAAGAAACAUUUUAGAAAGUUGUCUCUCCUUUUCAUUUUCCUCAGACCAAAACUUUUGGGGAGGAAAGUGAACGUGUCAAAAUUGCAGCUGGCUGGAAAAAAAUGAUCCUACUUUACCAGAUACCUUUUAUCCCAGGCUUUCUCAGCUUGGUGCUCUCCUGAUAAACUGAAUUUAAGCUCUCAUCCUCCCCAGCCAGUGGCUAUGCUGGCUAGUACUUGUGUGCUUUGGAGUCCCAAUACAUAUGAAAAGCACCAUGUUGAACGAGACUGUUCUGUUGAAGUGGAGAGUUGGUUUGUCAGCUUGGGAAAAAUAGGAGGUACAAUGCACAUUUGCUUCUCCCUGGGAGUUCUUAAGUCUCCUUCAUAGAAAACAGAUUUGAAGUUCCUGAAGGAAAAACAAAGCCCCCUUUCAUCAGCUCCUAGCACCUAAAGAGCAAGGCUGAAAAUGUAAAUCCAAGACUAGUGCUGUGUACCAUCCAGUAAUGAUAUAUACAAGGAUAAUGCCAUAUUUUCCCUCUUAAAAGAGAUAAAAGCAUUUAAGAAUUGUGCCACCAUAUAUUUUUCAUUUAAAGAUUACUGCUUGAUUCAGUAGUGCUCAGGAGUAGCAUCAAAUUAUUUAGAAUAAAAAGUAUAUACCUAUAAUAACUGUGCACCUGCAUGGCAUAGUGGCUUGAGUGUUGGAUUAUGACUUUGGAGACCAGGGCUCAAAUCACUGCUCAGCCAUGAAACCCCCACUGGGUGACCUUGGGAAAAUCACACACCCCCUCUGUCUCAGAUAACCCUUACAAUCACACAAGGACAACAUAGUGAGUUAUAGCAGGGUUUCAGCAGGACUGAAGCAUUUUUAAAUCUUCCUGGAUGGCAUCCAGUGAUUCAUCUGCCACUAUCUAUACAAUACAACCUAGAGUGACGUUUUGUGAAUUAUUUCAUGUUUUUGUUUUGGGGUUUUUUUUUACCUCUGCUUCCUACAAAUAAAUGCCAAGUGGGUUGUAUUCAGAUUGAGGUACCAAAAUGUGUGCUCUUUUAGUGUAUAGAGCCCCCACCCCCAAUGGUCACAUUCAUUGCACCGCACAUUCCAUGAUACAAAAAAAUCCCUCCACACAUCUCCAUACUUAUUUUUAAAUUAUAGCCCUUAUUUUUUUCCAUAGCAAGUUAUAUUCCUUUCUGUGUUAAAGAAAAUUGAUCACUUCUUAAAUAUUAUUUUAUUGAUCACUGCAGGGCAAUGUGUGAAUUGAUUCAUUCUUCUAUACCCUCUUUCUUCCAUAUCCUUCCACAUAGAAUCAUUGAGGUGGAAGAGGCCUAAUGUGCCAUGGAGAUUGCCAAGCCAGUGGUGGGUUGCUAUUGGAUGAGGCAAGAAUUUCCCAUAGUGAUGCUUAGACUCCUGAAGGCACUUAUACUAUAAAUGAGAACCAUAGCUUCCUUCCCAACAAGGCCCUGUUUGGUAUGUGCAUGGCCGAGUACACUAGAUGGCAUCCAAAUUAGCUGCAACUAGAGUAGACCUUCUGAAUCCAUUCUUCCAUGACUGAGUCAAUAGGUAGAUAAAUCUAACAUUUCUAGAAGACUAACAACAGGAGUGGGGUUACUCUUUCCCAGAAAAACCAACAGUUCUAGUAGGAGAAUGUGCUUUAAUGAAAAAUGCUCAAGUAAAUGACUUUAGGAAUGUCCCUGAUGUGGAAGAAAUAGGACAUGCAAGCCAAAGCUCAGAAAAGGUAUUUCUUUGGAUUACAACCUUUCAGAAACCACAAGCCAGUCAUGCUCAAGGAAGUUUGGGAGUCUCUCUGACCUCCCAAACUGUGGUGUGCCUUCACAGUGCUUUUGUCUCCAUUGUCCUGUGCCAAAAGUAAAAAAUGGAUGACCCCGUUAUGGCAAGAAGCCCUUUAUCAGCCUUGAUGUGCUGGCAAAUAUCCAGGGUAUGGAGUAACAAAAACUGUUACACUAUCAAGGAAAAAAAGCACAACAAAAUGAUUGGAAAGAGGAGAGCAAUACAAUCUUCUGCCUUAAUUCUCAGGUUACUUCCCCCUCCCCCAUCUUACUUUGUAACCUGCAAAACAGUGUAAGAUUAUUUUCAGCCCUUCCUACCUAGAAGCCUGGUGAUGUAGUGGCUUGAGCAUUGGAUUACGGCUCUGGGAACCAGAAUUUACAUUUCCAGCUGGGCAAUGGGAAUCCACUGGACGUAACCUUUGUCAAAUCACUCUCAACCUCAGAGGAAGGCAAACCCCCUUUGCCAGGAAAAUCCCAUGAUAGGGUUCCCAUAACUCAGAAACUACUUGAAAGCACACAACAACAGCAACAGGUGGAGAGCUAUAAUUUUGAGGGUCACCUCAGAGUGGUCAAAACAAUGAAAUAAAUGCACUGGGAAUUAAGCAACAAAAAUGCUUCUGACCACAAAAAACCACUUCUGCUUUUCUUAUAGAUAAUCCCUAUUCUUGUUCAGACUUCCUGCCCCACUCUAUUUGAGUACUGAUGGGAAGAGUCUUUUCCAUGUAUGCUAUGGUUAGACACUAGAGAAUAACAAGUCUUUGUUGAUAUGACACAAGCUGAUUCUGAUCUAUGUUCUCUCCAGGCUAGCACAGGAUCUGUACAUGUGUCCGCUGUAUGUUCUAAUUUCUUUAAAAAGCCUUUCUCAUCUAAAAUAACUGGUAUUACUCAUGGCUCUGACCCAAGUCCAAAGCAGAGAGGCAGAAGCAAGGGUAAAUUAUAUGGGAUGUGACCGAUUACUUGCACAAAACCUUGAUUCAUUGUCAUCUGUUUUUAUACUGAGACUUGACUGUCUGAAUGGGUGAUAUAUAAUACAAUGUGUGGCUGUAAGUUGGAGUGGAAGGGAAUCAUUGAAGUGCCCUGCUUUGGUCUUUUAAUUUUUUCAUUUCCUUUCUGUACCUUGACAUAAUGCAAAUCUUUCUACGUGCUGUUCCCAGACAUCAGUGAUCUGCCUUCCAAAGAACUGAAAUGAAAAGAAGUAUUGUAUAGUAUGUUCAAUGCCAUUUCCUGAAUAGUAAAAUACAUCCACAUUUGAAUACCAGAGGGAAGUUUUUUUUAAGUCAUUUCAGAUAACAGUGUAUAGUUUCUAAGGCAGCACCUGAUAUUUCAAGAUAAUAUUGCUCUUGUUUUAAAAGGGAUCCUCAUAUCUGCUCAAAAAGGAGGGUGUUAGGCAUACUGGCAGUUUCUUUGAAUGGCUUACCUGCCACAGAAGAUGUCACAGCUACAUGUGGUCACAGGGAAAGAUCUCUGCUUUCAGUUUCCUUUACUGCUCUUUAUAUAUUAUUCCCAACUACAUAGCUUCCAGAUGGCCUGGAUUACAGCACCUAUAACUCCAACCAGCAUGAUUGGUUAUAGUGACCUUGGCUUAUGGGAGUUGUAGCCCAACAAGUCAUAGCACAGUACAAUUCCCAUAUGUUAUUAAAAGCAGUGUAUGAAAAUCUGUUCAACAGAGCUGAGCAAGUGGGGGGGAGGGGGUUAUUCAAAACAGAUCUUAGAACAAUUCUUUGGUAUGAGUACAGCUCCUAAACCUUUUUUUAAAGCUAGCUAGGGGUAAUGGUAUAAGUGCAAUAGUAUUUGUUCAAAUCCCAGCUUGGCUAUGAAAACCCACUGGGUGAUCUUGGCAAAUCAUGCUCCACCUCAGAGGAAGGCACAGGCAACUUUCCAAUCUUGCCAUGAAAAUCCAGUGAUAGGUUAUCCAUGGGGGUCACCAUAAAUUGGAAAUGAAUUGAAGGCACACAAAACAAAGGUAUUAAUAACAGACGUGUGAACAACGGACUUGCUAACCAGAAAAAAAAAUCUCAUUAGAUUUUAGUGACUUUUAGGUUGACACUCCAUGAUAUGCGCAAGGCUUAUCCCCCAACUUCUGUUGUAGUUAAAGACACAGAAAAUGGCACAAAGGAUGUAUAGAGCAAUGUAUUCAUUUGCUUAAAACAUUAAUAUAUUAAUUAUGUCUCUUACUUCAUAUUGUUCCAUCCUACGGGGGUGGCUGUGUAAUGCAUUCCCAAAGUUAAAUCCAAAUGGGGAAUGGACCCUGCCUUAAUUCUAAAUAGGCAAACAUAUUAACACUAAUCCUAUGCCUGAACAACAACACACAAAGGUAAACUUUCUAGCUUUCCCAACAUAGCAGGACAGUCCCAGCAAAUCCUCUAUUGCCCCACAUUUUCAGCUACUUUUAAAAUGUCCCCGUUUUUUUUUCUCCUCUCACUUUUCUCUUUGUCAUCAGCUUCCUUCUGUUGCUUCAGACUAUAGUUCAAAAUACAAAUGUAGUUUGCAUUCAGUUAACUUGGAAGUAGGAAGGGUAACAUCUGUCUUUCCCAGUAAACUCAGGCAACAGCAAACUGCUGAAGAAACCCUUGCUUUUGCUAUCUUGAUGUUACUUGGCUACAUGUGUCCCAAUUUUCAUCUGUUAGAUUCUGAAGAAUAUGCCAUGGAAACAUGCUUUAAAAAAUUGAAAUACUCCUCCAUGUUAGAGUUCAUCUCUGUGUUGUUAAAUAAAACUCAACACCUCUCAUUCUACAACUGACUGAGGAAUGAAGGCAUGUCACAAUUUUAACCAUAUUUAUUUUAAUGGAGGCCACACUGAAUUUACUGAGCCUUAGUCACAAGUAAAGGUGAAUAGUACUAGAGCUAUUCUGUCUUAGGAAAAAGCUCUUGACCACCUAAUUCAAUUGUACUGUAUAACCUCUGCUUUCACUGUCACAAGGGAGCAAAACCUCUGUAUUGUCAUAUAAUAGCAGGGCACUGUCAAUCAUUUAAACUGACUUCCCAUUCUAUUAGCGAGCAAUAAAUGGUCAAAAAUGUUUAAUUGCAGGUGUUUGAGAUUGUGUUUUACUGUUGCUCAUAGAGUUUCCGAAUGUUACAUUUAGUUCUGGCAUUAAACCCAUCCUUUGUCAAUUGUGCUCUCAGAUGAACUAUUUCAGUCACUUUGUGAGAGCUCUGUGGCUUCAGCAACAUUUGUAUUCAGAACAUUUUCUAUUCUUGAUCCCUCUCUUAUACGGUGGCACUUAUUGUCUUGUCAGCUAUUUGUUGGAAGUUUACUGAAUUAAAUUUUAGUAUGUCUGAUUCUCCAAGGAAA